AAGAUGGCACCUCAAGAAAAAGUUGAAUUUGUUAUACUUCGAUUGACCUUUUUGCCCUAUGUACAUCCCCAGUAUCCUCGUAUUACAUUAACCCACAAACGGCAUUCUCCCAGCAGUUCAAUGACACAAGUUCGUGAUUGGUUCGACAGAAUAAUGUCACGAGAAAAAUCCAAAGUUGAUCCCCAGCUGAGUAUACGCUAUUGCGAAUGGAAUGUAACCUCGGGCAAUGCCAGUUUAUUUACCGUAAAUGGUUAUCGUUUUGAUAAGAUUCUCUUGGUAUUGGGUGAGGAUGUUGUCCAUUGGAUUUUUUAUCAAAAUAUGCCACUGCAUCGACGCAUUGAGGGCUGUGGCCGGCUAUCGGUUAACUAUUGCGGCUGUUGCCUAAAUACACAAUAUUUGAAAAUUAUGGAAACCGUUAAGGGCUGUGUAAUGCAAAGGGGUACAUAUUACUGA